UUUUGGCUCAGAAUACAGUUCGAAAGAGGAAGAGACCGAGGCUGAACCGAUGCCUUCCAAGUUUGUGAGCGAUGGUGUGCACUUCAAGCACGCAUUCUGUUCAUUGAACGAAGGGAAGCUGGACGACUUCUACAAGGUCGAAACCAAAAAGAAAUUGGGCGAAGGAUCUUAUGGCUCCGUCUCGAAGGGCGUGCACAAGUCCACGAACGCGGUUCGGGCCAUCAAGGCCAUUGAUCGCACGAAGAUUGCGGAUGGGGAGCGCUUCCAAACAGAGGUUGACAUUCAGUCCGCUUUGGAUCAUCCAAACAUCGUGAAAUUGUACGAAGUCUUUGUGGACGCGAAGAAGGUCUAUUUGGUCAUGGAGCUGUGCACGGGUGGCGAACUCUUCGACCGAAUCCUGGAAGAAGCUGAGAAACAUGAAGG